AUGUCUCUUCGACUUUCCAGUGGAUCCAGGAGACCUGGUCCCCGACCCACCACAGGAUCACUCAGGCUCUCCAGUGGGGGAUCCAGCUUUGGCACUGGAAAUGCUUGCGGCCUACCUGGGAUUGGAAGUAGCUUUUCUUGUGCCUUUGGUGGCAGCUCAUCGGGAGGAACCGUAGGAGGAAGCAAUUCCUGUGCCAGCUUUACUAUGAAUGAAGGGGGCCUCCUUUCUGGCAAUGAAAAGGUCACUAUGCAGAACCUCAAUGACCGCCUGGCGUCCUACCUGGACAACGUACGUGCUCUGGAGGAGGCAAAUGCAGACCUAGAACAGAAGAUCAAGGGAUGGUAUGAGAAAUUUGGGCCUGGUUCCUGCCGUGGUCUCGAUCAUGACUACAGUCGGUAUUUCCCAGUCAUCGAAGAUCUUAAAAAUCAGAUCAUCACCUCCACCGGCAGCAAUGCUAAUGCUGUCCUGCAGAUCGACAACGCCAGGCUGACAGCUGAUGACUUCAGACUCAAGUAUGAGAAUGAGCUGGCUCUUCACCAGAGUGUAGAGGCUGAUGUGAAUGGAUUGCGCAGAGUUCUGGAUGAAAUCACUCUGUGCAGAACAGACCUGGAGAUUCAAUAUGAAACCCUGAGUGAGGAGAUGACUUACCUGAAAAAGAACCAUAAAGAGGAAAUGAAAGUUCUGCAGUGCGCAGCUGGCGGGAACGUGAACGUGGAGAUGAACGCGGCACCGGGAGUGGACCUCACAGUUCUGCUGAACAACAUGCGAGCUGAGUACGAAGACCUGGCAGAGCACAACCGCAGGGAUGCUGAGGAUUGGUUCAAUGAAAAGAGUGCUUCUCUGCAACAGCAAAUCUCUGAGGAUGUUGGGGCUACAACCUCGGCCAGGAAUGAGCUGACUGAAAUGAAGCGCACUCUUCAGACAUUGGAAAUUGAACUUCAGUCUCUCUUAGCCACGAAACAUUCCCUGGAGUGUUCCUUGGCAGAGACCGAAGGCAACUACUGCUCCCAGCUCGCCCAGAUCCAGACUCAGAUCGGAGCCCUGGAAGAGCAGCUGCAUCAGGUCAGAACUGAGACCGAGGGCCAGAAACUCGAGUACGAGCAGCUCCUCGACAUCAAGGUCCAUCUGGAGAAGGAGAUCGAGACCUACUGCCUCCUCAUAGGUGGAGAUGAUGGGGCUUGCAAGUCUGGAGGUUACAAAUCUAAAGAUUAUGGAUCUGGAAAUGUGGGAAUUCAACUGAGAGAUCCUCUCAAAGCCAUAGUGGUUAAGAAAGUUCUUGAGGAGGUUGACCAACGAAGCAAAAUCCUCACCACCAGGCUCCACUCCCUGGAAGAGAAAUCUCAGAGCAACAACUAAUCUGAAGAGUCACAGAGCGCAGACUCCACAUGCCCUCAGAGAAGAUCAGGCAUGAUAAAUCCUCCUGGGAAAAUGAGCAAGUCUAAGAGAAAUGAAUGCGAUGCCCAGCACGGCCAAAAUGGGAAGGUACCACCUGGCAAGACGGUUAACGUGCUUAAACUAGUGUCAAAGGAUGAAAGCUUUCCAUAA